AUGCAAUAUAAUUAUGAUGUUUUUAGUGGAUAUACAUAUUCAGCAGGUGCUUCGUUUCAAAUCAUUGCAUUUUCUAUUCUGGCUAUUAAAGCAAAAAAAAGGUUCCCAACGCACACACUUAUUUAG